GCAGUUGAAAACAUGGCUGCGUACAGUGCUUUACUUGAGUUUUCAUGUAGGUUUCGGAUUUGUUUUUCCUAGCCAGAGGGAAAAUAGAUAGCUAGCAAUCACAUCUAGCUUGGCGAGUUAGUUGACAAGCUAGUUAAAGACGUUAAUUACUAUUACUUUGCGACAAGUAGCUAAUAUAAUUUGAAUGUCCGUGAGCUAACGUUAGCCGGCGAACUGAACAGCUAGCUAUCUACACAUGCAUUGAUUUUCAUUUAGCGUUGUGGGACGUUCUCGGGGUAACUAGUUCUCUAUCGAAGGGGAAUAUUUAUAAUUAGCUGAAAUAGCUAACUAGCUAUUGAUGUAGGACGUUCGCUUAUGAGCUGGUGUAUUGCCUAGCCAUGUUUUAUCCCGUGAAGUCAGCCUAUUCCAGGGUGUGCCCAGGAGCUGUAAAUCGCGAGCUGGGAAAGACAAAGAUGAGAUAGCAUGAGGCUAAAUAUUAGCUCUCUUCGGCUAGUUGGCGAACUAUUCUCUAAUACUAAUUCAUAAACGUUUUGCCUACGGGACACAGAGUCGGGAGGCGAAAAAAUACGGCAAAAAAACAAUCAUGUUUGGAAAUCUGUUCGAAGAAGACGAGGAAUCCUUUUCUGCCGUCCCCACCAGCGGAAACGCCGCGAAAGCGACAGACGCCGAGCCUCCCCCACCGCGGGGAAGUGUGAAGCUCAGCGGAAUUAAGAACCAAGGUGGCACCUGUUACCUGAACUCCCUGCUGCAAACCUUACUCUUUACGCCAGAGUUCAGAGAGGAGUUAUUCAGUUUGGGACCGGAGGAGCUGGGAAGUCUUGCUGACAAGGACAAACCGGAGGCCAAGGUGCGGGUCAUCCCUCUCCAGCUGCAGAGGCUGUUUGCCCAGCUGCUGCUGGUGGACCAGCAGGCCGCCUCCACUGCCGAUCUGACGGACAGCUUCGGCUGGUCCAACAGCGAGGAGAGCAGCCAGCAGGAUGUGCAGGAGCUGAACCGCAUCCUGUUCAGCGCGCUGGAGAGCUCACUGGUGGGAACCCCCGGCAGCAGCCUCAUCCACCGCCUCUACCACGGCAAUGUCGUCAACCAGAUCGUGUGCAAGGAGUGCGGCAACACCAGCGAGAGACAGGAGGACUUCCUGGACCUCACAGUGUCGGUGAAGGGCGUGUGUGGCCUGGAGGAGGCGCUGUGGAACAUGUUUGUGGAGGAGGAGAUGUUCGAGGGGAACAACCUGUACCGCUGCAGCCGCUGCGAUCACCUGGUCACGGCUGCCAAGUCAGCCAAGCUGAGGAAGCUGCCCCCGUUCCUGACGGUGUCCUUGCUGAGGUUCAACUUCGACUUCGUCAAGUGCGAGCGCUACAAAGAGACGGGCCGCUACAGCUUUCCGCUAACCAUCAACCUCCGGCCCUUCUGUGAGCAGACAGACAGGCCGGACUCAGAGUUCACCUUUGAACUCUUCUCCGUCAUCAUACACAAAGGAGGCUGCUAUGGCGGACACUACCACGUCUACAUCAAGGACAUUGACCAGCUGGGCCACUGGGAGGCGCCGGAUGAAGAGUCCAAACCUAAAGUUCAGAAGAAGGAGGUGAAGGUUAGUGAGACGGAGGUGGAGAAGGAAGACCCGCUGUCCGUGCUCGUAGGCAUCCUGUCCCAGGAAGAGGGAAAGAGCGUUCUGGUGGACCAGCUGGGGCAGAAGCUGCUGGACAGAAUCGGGAUAUCCUGGAACAGGAAGUUUCGCAAGCAGUACGGACCCAUCGGAAAGUUUCUGCAGAGUCACUCUGAGGUGUUCAUGCUGCUGGCCAACGGGACCCGGGUCACCCUCAAGGCCUCCAGCCCCGCCCCCCCGGGGCCGGAGCCCGCGCCGACCUCACCCGGCUCCGCCCCCGGUUCCGCCCCCGAGCGCGCCGCGGAGGAGCCGGAACCGCUCCCCGCGGACGGCGGCCGCUGGUUCGACCUGAACGACUCCACGGUCGCGCCCAUCUCGGGGAAGGCCAUCGAGAAGCAGUUCCAGGGCAAGGAGAGCGCCUACAUGCUGUUCUACCGCCGGGCGGGGCUGCUCAGGCCGGAGGAGGCGAAAGGAAACCCCAGUUACAGGGUUCCCCCUCACCUGGUUCAGCUGGCCCAGGAGGAGAACUGUCAGCUGCAACAGAGACGGGAGGAGUUUGACGCCUCCAGAAACACCAUUGAGGUGCGCCUGCACCUCGCCCCUCAGUACCAGGUGACCAACGGAGCCCUGCAGCCUGUGGGGCGGGGCCAGGACAGCGUCAUCACCAUCACCUUCGACCGCCGCAAGACCGUGGGAGACUUACGCCUGGCCGUCUAUCAGAUGCAGGACCUGUGGGAGGGGGACAUGGCUCUGACGGUGGCCAAGAGUCUUCCGGCCGGACUGCACCUGUACAACACACUUUCAGACGACCAGCAGUCCCUGUACACCGCGGGCGCACGCGACGGCUCGGACCUGUUCGUUUGGAACGGCAGAGAGGUGGGCGGAACCAGCGUGCAGACUGGGGCGGAGUGGGAGCCCGUGCUGCUCACCCUGGUGCGGCCCUCCCUGGAGGAGGAAGAGGAGGAGGAGGAGGAGGCGGAGGGGGGCGUGGCCGCGGAGAGGGGCGGGGGGGACGCGGGCGGCGCGGGGCUGCGGCGGACGGAGCGGGGGUUCGCGGGCGGGACCACGCUGGGGGCCGUGCGGGAGGCCCUGGGGCCCCAGAACACGCUGCUGUGCCAGGAGAGCAGGCCGGGCUGCAACGGGGACGGGGGCGGGGCCGGGGCCGGAGGGGGUGGGGCCAGCGGCGGAGGGGGCGGGGCCAGUGGCUGGAGGGUGUUUCCCGCCGCUGACAUGCACAGGACGCUGAAGGAGCUGGCCCUGAGGGACGGCGACGCCCUCCUGGUGCUGGAGCCGCAGGCGCUGGACACCAGCAUCAUCAGCGUCAGCGGCGACAUCGUCACCGUGACAACCCCAUCCGACUGCCGCUGGCUGCUGGUGGAGUUCAGUCCCCGGGGAGGAAGAGGAGCUGCGGGGGAGGAAGAGCAGGAUGAACGGGAGAGGAGAAGGGGGAAAGUGCCUGCUUCUGGAAACAUGCUGCUGCUGGAGGUGAAGCAGAGGGCCAUGGAGGUGCUACAGCUGCAGGACCAGCUCCAAGAUGUGAAGUGUUGUCUGAGGCAGGUGGACAGCACUGGCAGACUCCUGCCUCCAGUGUGUGAGCACCUGAGCGUGCGGGAGGCCGGUGUGAAGCUCAUGACCUCCCUGCUCCUCUGUCCUGGAGAGGCUCCAGGUCCCACACAGCUCUUCCUGUACUACACUGUGGGUUCAGACAGCCCUGCUGCUGCAGAGAGGGAGCUGACUGUAGAGGAGACUCUGACAGUGAAAGAGUGUCUGAAGCUGAUUGUGAAGUUGGCGGGACUGGAAGGGGAAGCCUGGCACCUGCGGAAGACUGACUGGUGUGAGGAGGUGGGAGACGCCCUCACGGAGGAGGACGCCACUCUGGCCGAGCUGAGGAUCCACAGCGGGGACACGCUGGUGCUGACGGAGGGCCGCCUGCCCCCCAAGGGGUUCCUGAAACUGCCAGUGUGGCUGUACGGGCUGCAGAGCGACCGCUACGUCUCACAGGAAGCUCAGGGAAACCAUGUGACCAACGGGGUGGAAGGAGACCCGGCCGCAGUGACUGGAGCUGAGUUUCGGUUCGCGGGACAGGUGGAGAUUUCGGGGGAAGCGUCGCUCGAUGACCUAAAGACUCAGGUGAUGACCCUGCCCUCUCUGCAGGACGUGUGUGUGCCUGCCCCGCCCUUCCUGCGCGUGUGGGUACUGGAGGGCAGGAGGCUCAGCAAGAUCCUGAGAGGAAACCAGCUGCCGCUCAAGAACCUGAAGUUGGGUAGUGGGACAGAACUGUGUGUCCAGCAGCUACUGAAGGAGGAGAAUCUGGGCCCUAAGGAGCUCGUGCUGCGGGUGCAGAUGGGGAUCCCGGGGGAGCAGGAGUUCUACCCCCCUGAGGAGCUGGUUUGGGACACGUCCCGGGACAGCUCCCCCCGCGCCCUCCACCACGCCCUCGCCGCCCAGUACGGCGUCUCUCCCGACUGCCUGCACAUCGCCAAACACCUCCCCGAAAAGCACGCCUGGAUGGCCAUCUCCAACUGGAGCCAGCAGGUGUCCAAACGAAAGAAGAAGAAGAGGGCGGAGAGUUUGCAGGGCGCCCCGUUUCACCUGAAGGACGGAGACCUGAUCGGAGUGAAGAAUCUCCUGAUCGACAGCAACAGGGACUUCUGCACGCUGAGAGACGUGCUGGGCCAGCAGCGGCUGAGGCAGGAGGCCGAGAGCCGGCGGAAAGGCAGGGGUCCGAACACGAGGGCGGAGCCCAGCCAGGAAGCGGGACCAGAGCGGAAGGUCGCAGGGAAAUGCAGGAAGCCAGAGGUGGCCUUGUCAAUCAACGUAGGGGUGUUCAGAUAGCACCCCCCCCCCCAGCCAGUAUACACACGCCCACACGCUCAGUGAUUCUCAAAGAUGGCCACAGUCACCGAACAGCGUCCCCGUGCCAAAGGGUCCCUCUCCACCUCCUCCUGACCCGGCUUCUCCUCAGGAGUCUGCCUGCAAACCCCGGGACCCGGUGGGGGGUGG